CGGAGCGUCCUUCCGUCCUGUGCCCGCAGCCGGCGCCCUUCUCCCGAGCGUGGUCUGGGGCGGGCAAAACGCCCUCCGGAUUAGUGUCGCGCAGGGUGGCGGCUGCACACACAGGCGGUGCAAGACCGCCCGCGCUAGGACCCGCCGGCCCGGAAACGCUUGCUGUCACAAAGGGGGCAACACGUGGGGGCGACGCGUGGGCGCAGACGGCCAGGGCAGCCCGGAGAACCGCCCACUGUCUCGGCCACCUGACUCCUCGGUCCCAGCCGCCAGGUCGGUCCAGCUUCGGCCGGCGCCCGGCUGUGAGGUGGACGCCCGAACUCCGUCUGAUCACCUCCCUCCAGUCUUUUCCACCUGGUUCGGACGCCUGCAUAAUCAUGUCCAUCCUCUACGUCUCCCCUCACCCCGAUGCCUUCCCCAGCCUCCGAGCCCUCAUAGCUGCGCGCUACGGGGAGGCUGGGGAGGGGCCGGGGUGGGGAGGGGCCCACCCCCGCAUCUGUCUCCAGCCGCCUCCGACGAGCAGGACUCCCUUUCCCCCACCACGUCUGCCCGCCCUGGAGCAGGGGCCCGGUGGGCUCUGGGUGUGGGGGGCUACAGCUGUGGCCCAGCUGCUGUGGCCAGCAGGUCUGGGGGGCCCUGGGGGCAGCCGGGCAGCUGUCCUCGUCCAACAGUGGGUUAGUUACGCAGACACGGAGCUAAUACCAGCUGCCUGUGGGGCAACGCUGCCCGCCUUGGGACUCCGCAGCUCUGUCCAGGACCCCCAGGCUGCACUGGGGGCCCUGGGAAGAGCUCUGAGCCCCUUGGAAGAGUGGCUUCGGCUACACACCUACCUGGCUGGGGAGGCCCCCACUCUGGCUGACCUGGCGGCUGUCACAGCUUUGCUGCUGCCUUUCCGAUAUGUCCUGGACCCCUCUGCCCGCCGGAUCUGGGGUAAUGUCACUCGCUGGUUUAUCACAUGUGUCCAGCAGCCAGAAUUCCGGGCUGUACUGGGAGAGGUGGUUCUGUACUCAGGGGCCAGGCAUCUUUCCCAACAGCCAGGCCCUGAGGUCACUGCACCCCCAAAGACAGCCGGCCAACUCAAGAAAGAAGCAAAGAAACGGGAGAAGCUACAGAAAUUUCAACAGAAGCAGAAGAUCCAACAGCAGCAGCCACCCCUAGGGGAGCAGAAGAAACCAAAAUCAGAGAAGAGGGAGAAACGGGAUCCUGGAGUCAUUACCUAUGACCUUCCAACCCCACCUGGGGAAAAGAAAGAUGUCAGUGGCACCAUGCCUGACUCCUAUAGCCCUCAGUAUGUGGAGGCGGCCUGGUACCCUUGGUGGGAGCAGCAGGGUUUCUUCAAGCCAGAGUAUGGACGUUCCAGCGUGUCAGCACCAAAUCCCCGGGGCAUCUUCAUGAUGUGCAUCCCACCCCCCAAUGUGACAGGCUCCCUGCACCUGGGCCAUGCGCUCACCAACGCCAUCCAGGACUCCCUGACCCGAUGGCACCGCAUGCGUGGCGAGACGACCCUGUGGAACCCUGGCUGUGACCAUGCGGGCAUUGCCACCCAGGUGGUGGUGGAGAAGAAGCUGUGGCGAGAGCAGGGCCGAAAUCGGCAUGAUUUGGGCCGUGAGGCCUUUCUACGGGAGGUCUGGAAGUGGAAGGAGGAAAAAGGUGACCGGAUUUACCACCAGUUGAAGAAGCUCGGCAGUUCCUUGGACUGGGAUAGAGCCUGUUUCACCAUGGACCCUAAAUUGUCAGCAGCUGUGAUAGAGGCCUUCGUCCAGCUUCAUGAGGAAGGAGUCAUCUACCGCAGUACCCGCCUUGUCAACUGGUCCUGCACUCUCAACUCUGCCAUCUCCGAUAUUGAGGUGGAUAAGAAGGAGCUGACAGGUCGCACCCUGCUCUCUGUGCCUGGCUACAAGGAGAAGGUGGAGUUUGGGGUCCUCGUUUCUUUUGCCUACAAGGUCCAAGGCUCAGAGAGCAAUGAGGAGGUGGUGGUGGCAACAACACGGAUUGAGACAAUGCUGGGAGAUGUGGCCGUAGCUGUACACCCCAAAGAUCCCAGAUACCAGCACCUGAAGGGGAAGAUCUUGAUCCACCCAUUCCUGUCUCGGAGCCUCCCCAUCAUCUUUGAUGAUUUUGUGGACAUGGAGUUUGGCACAGGUGCGGUGAAGAUCACCCCUGCACAUGACCAGAAUGACUAUGAGGUUGGGCAGAGGCAUGGGCUGGAGGCCAUCAGCAUCAUGGACUCCCGAGGGGCCCUCAUCAAUGUGCCCUUGCCUUUCCUGGGCCUACCCAGGUUUGAGGCCAGGAAGGCAGUGUUGGCGGCACUGAAGGAGCAGGGACUGUUCCGUGGUAUUGAGGACAACCCCAUGGUGGUGCCACUUUGCAACCGGUCCAAGGAUGUGGUAGAGCCUCUACUGCGGCCACAGUGGUAUGUGCGCUGUGGGGAGAUGGCCCAGGCCGCCAGUGCUGCUGUGACUCGGGGCGACCUUCGAAUCCUGCCUGAGACCCAUCAGCGGACUUGGCAUGCCUGGAUGGACAACAUCCGGGACUGGUGCAUCUCCCGGCAGCUGUGGUGGGGCCAUCGCAUCCCAGCCUACUUUAUCACUGUCAACGACCCAACCAUACCCCCAGGGGAGGACCCUGAUGGGCGGUACUGGGUGAGUGGGCGCAGCGAGGCCGAGGCCCGUGAGAAGGCAGCCAAGGAAUUUGGAGUGUCCCCUGACAAGAUCAUUCUCCAGCAAGAUGAAGAUGUAUUGGAUACCUGGUUCUCCUCUGGCCUCUUCCCCUUCUCCAUCCUGGGCUGGCCCAACCAGUCAGAAGACCUGAGUGUGUUCUACCCGGGGACGCUGCUGGAGACGGGCCAUGACAUCCUCUUCUUUUGGGUGGCCAGGAUGGUCAUGCUUGGCCUGAAGCUCACUGGCAGGCUGCCCUUCAGAGAGGUCUACCUUCAUGCCAUCGUGCGAGAUGCGCAUGGCCGGAAAAUGAGCAAGUCUCUGGGCAAUGUCAUUGACCCUCUGGAUGUUAUCCACGGAGUCUCCCUGCAGGGCCUCCACGACCAGUUACUGAACAGUAACCUGGAUCCCAGCGAGGUGGAGAAGGCUAAAGAAGGGCAGAAGGCGGACUUCCCGGCAGGGAUUCCCGAGUGUGGCACUGAUGCCCUCCGGUUUGGACUGUGCGCCUACACGUCCCAGGGUCGUGACAUCAACCUGGAUGUGAACCGGAUACUGGGAUACCGCCACUUCUGCAACAAGCUUUGGAAUGCCACCAAGUUUGCCCUCCGUGGUCUGGGGAAGGGUUUUGUGCCCUCAGCCACCUCCGAGCCUGGAGGCCAUGAGAGCCUGGUAGACCGCUGGAUCCGCAGUCGGCUGACUGAGGCCGUGAGGCUCAGCAACCAAGGUUUCCAGGCCUACGACUUCCCAGCUAUCACCACCGCCCAGUACAGCUUCUGGCUGUAUGAACUCUGUGAUGUCUACCUGGAGUGCCUGAAGCCCGUGCUGAAUGGGGUGGACCAGGCAGCCACAGAGUGCGCCUGCCAAACCCUCUAUACCUGUCUGGAUGUUGGCCUGCGGCUGCUCUCACCUUUCAUGCCAUUUGUGACCGAGGAGCUAUUCCAGAGGCUGCCCCGGCGGAUGCCACAAGCACCCCCUAGCCUCUGUGUCACCCCCUACCCAGAGCCUUCGGAGUGCUCCUGGAAGGACACUGAGGCAGAAGCUGCCAUUGAGCUGGCCCUGAGCAUCACGCGAGCCGUGCGUUCCCUGCGUGCUGACUACAACCUCAUCCGGAUCCGACCCGACUGUUUCCUGGAAGUGGCUGACGAGGCCACAGGUGCCCUGGCAUCAGCAGUGUCAGGCUACGUGCAGGUGCUGGCCAGCGCAGGUGUGGUAGCUGUCCUGGCCCUGGGGGCUCCCGCACCCCAGGGCUGUGCUAUGGCCCUGGCCUCUGACCGCUGCUCCGUCCACCUGCAGCUGCAGGGGCUGGUGGACCCGGCCCGGGAGCUAGGCAAGCUGCAGGCCAAACGUGGUGAGGCGCAGCGGCAGGCCCAGCGUCUGCGGGAACGCCGCUCCACCAUGAGCUACCCAGUCAAGGUGCCCCUCAAAGUCCAGGAGGCAGAUGAAGCCAAGCUCCGACAAACAGAAGCAGAGCUCAGGAAGAUGGACGAGGCUAUCACCCUUUUUCAGAAGAUGGUGUGAUACACCAGCUCCAACCCACAGUGGUCUACCAUGGGACUGGCAGCAAUAAAUAUUUUGCCACAAAA